UGCGGCCAUUAGAUCGAUCAAGUAUGGCGGACAAGGGCGACAAGAAGCCGUGGGACGACGCUCUUGGCGCCGUGUCGAAGCAGUUGGACGAGGCUUCCAAGAGCGUGCGCGAUGCUGCCGCGGGUCCCGUGAACCAGGCGCGCGACGUGGUUCUGAGCGAGGUGGACCACGCAAAGGAGCUCACAAGCUCGGCUCGUCAUGCAGUGAGCGAGACGGCGCAGCAAGCGUGGGAAGCAACAAAGACGUUCGCGGCGCCCGUUGUGGACAUUUUCAAGCGCGCAGAUGGGGACGAGGGGACACAGCUGCGCAGAUACCUAGGCGAGGCCCGUGUGAACGUCAACAAACAGCUCUACGCGGCGCAGCUGCAACUUGAAGAGUCCAAGAAGAUCGCGGACGACCAGCUGGUGCCCGUCAAAGGCGCGCUGGCCGUCGCCCAACAGCAAUUGGUCAAGGCGAACGAGUUCCGACGCGAACACCCAGAAGUGGCGGCUGCUGGUCUGGCAGUGGUGGUGGGCGUUCCGUCUCUGUUGAUUCGGGGCAAGUGGUCGGCAGUACGGAACUCAGUGGUGGCAGUCGGUGCUGGCGCUGCGGCGUGCUACGGAUCGGACAAGUGGGCGGAGAAGAAACGGAAGUAGGGAGCUCACUGGCUGCGGAGUGGCAAAGAAGGUGGAUUGCAUUGCAUCAUAUCACACUACGUCAUGGCGGAAGUCGUGGGCCAAGACUUAAGCAAAACAAGGAGCUGGAAGUUGUAAGGCGGUCAAGGGAACCUCAUUCUUUUUCACUUUAA